CUGUCUAAUCCUCUCGAUUUCGAAAAUAGUGGUGACUCGUAUUCUACAACUGGUUUCAACAUUUCUAGCACAAAACCGAACCAAGAGAACCCAUUUGGGAACCCAACAUUUCCUGGAGCGACGACUUCUGGGGGUUAUAAUUGGCUGGGUUGGCUCGUGUCUGAUUAUAAUAAGAAAAACACAAACACAUUCGUCUAUAAUUUCGCAUACUCUGGCGCAACAGUAGACAGAUCGGUCAUCCCACCGUCAAGUGACAGCUCGCUUACACUGACCGACCAGAUUGGGAGCUUCACGAAAAAUCUCGCCAAGAAGCCCGAUUAUGCACCGUGGGAGUCCAACAAUGCACUGGCCGGAAUAUGGAUCGGAAUCAAUGAUGUUGAUAUUUCUUACCAACGGCAGAAUGCUUCAGAGUACAUCAAGGAGUCGGUCGACGUGUGCUUUGAACAGCUUGAGGUCUUAUAUGACACGGGGAUACGAAGUUUUUUUAUACUACAAGUCCCACCAUUGGAGAAAACUCCAAAGAUAUUAGCCAAGGGCGACAAACCUACCAAGAAAAUAUCUGAAUAUAAUAAGCGUAUUUCCGAAAAGCUCAAAUCAUUUAAUUCCGCACACGAGGACGCUCGAACCGCGCUCAUUGACACAUCUGCACCUUUCAAUAAAGCAAUCAGGGAUCCGAAGAAGUACAAUGCAACAGAUGCCACAUGCCAAAAUACAGAUGGAAAGUCAUGUCUUUGGUAUGAUGAUUUUCAUCCUGCUGUUGCUAUUCAUAAACUAGUUGCAUAUGAUAUCAGCGUGGCUUUAGGAGAAGGAAAUCUAUGGUAG